AUGUCUUCGGAAGCAGGACCGUUUAGCAGCACACCGUCGCUGAACCGAUCCAAGCUCUCAUCUGUCGUACUGGAUAGCCACUCGUCGACAAGCGUGGGCAGCAGCAUCAGCCUUCAUCCCCUCCCCAUCUUGAAUAUCUCGGAGCAUCUCGUCCGCACAAGACUACAGAGCAACAAUGCCGAAACCACUGGUGCGCGCCUUAUCCGACCACCUUCGCACUGCACAUGUGCUUCGGAUGCUGACUCUGUCUCGUGCCUCUCUUUUCCCGCAGUAUACGGCGUGCUCCUAGGGACACAGCAGGGCCGCGAAAUCGACAUCCAAAACUCGUUCGAGAUCACACUGGAUGCUGCGGCGUCGGCGGACUCUCCACCGGCGGUCAACCAUGCAUUCCUCAAGGCGCGGCAGUCGCAGUACAAGCAGGUCUUCCCCACGCUCGACCUGCUCGGGUGGUAUACGGUGGGCGAGGUGCCGACGCCGCGCGACCUCGAGAUCCAUAAGCAGCUGCUGGCGUACAACGAGACGCCGCUGCUCGUCCAGCUGUCGCAGACCGUCGCCUCGUUCGAAAACGCCGAGACCACAGGAGAACUGCCGAUCCGCGUGUACGAGUCGGUCGUCGAGGUCGUACAGGGCGAGACUGCCAGCUUCUUUGUGCCUGCAGGCUACAAGAUCGAGACGGGAGAGGCAGAGCGUAUCGCUGUCGACCAUGCAAGCAAGGCGGGCGCAGAGUCGGGCCAGUAUCAGGAAAGCACAAUGCUCGCGAGUAUGCAAGCACAGCACAGCGCGAUCGGCAAGCUCAAUGACCGCAUCGUCCAGGUGCUGGGCUACCUGCGCGCCAUACAAGACGGCCAGGCCGCUUGGGACCACGAGGCGCUGCGUCAAAUCCAGACGGUCGUCGCCAAUUUGCCCAACACCGUGCUUCCAGAGCUGCAAGACGAGAUUUUGCGGGACCACAAUGACGUGCUGUUGACCAACUACCUCUCGGUGCUCACCGAGAGCCUGCACACGAUGAACGAGCUGACGGACAAGUUCGAGCUGGUCCAGGCAGGUGGCAAGCCUGACAGCGAUGCUGUAGCUGGUGCCUCAGCCUCUGGGCCGCAGGGCCGCAGAGGCGGAGUCGGUCGCAGCUCGGCGCUGCGAGCCGUGUACUGA